AAUAUGACGCAUUUCAGAUGAACUGUGCGCCUGAAUGAAUCGCACAGACGGACAUUUUUUACAGCGCAGGAGCUCUCGUCUCUGCCCCUCCUGCAUCAUCUGCCUCCCCGCGCUGCCCCGCCGCUCCUCUCUCAUACAGUUUUCCAGGAGGACCGGUCCCUGUCAGACUGCCUCCACACACACCCCAGCACGGACAGCUACACUACCGCCCAACAACCAUGGCUGCACGGGACGCUGCUUCUCUGCUCGUCGGACUUCUGGUCCUCUUUCACACCUGGGGAGUGUGGGCUGAUGUGCAGGUGAACAUGGAGGACAGAGUGGAAGUGUUCAGGGGAGAAACCGCUCAGAUCGCCUGCAUGUACACAUCUGCUGACGGCGUAGGCGGCAUGAUCAUACAGUGGUUCUAUGUGACACAGUCGGGUGAGAAGCAGAAAAUCUACUAUCAGGACACCACUAUGAAGGUUGUAGACCGAGGCACACCGUUUACAGAACGUAUCAGUGUGAAUGGUACUGGAGCAACUGGAGAGGUGGUGUUGACUAUCAGUGAAGUGCAGAUAGAAGACGAACUGGAAUUUAUCUGUCUCAUCAAAAGUCUAACAGAUGGAGCUGGGGAGGGACGUACAAAGCUGAAGGUGUUCGAAAUACCAAACUUGCCUACCAUUGAGGGUGUGCAAACAGGGAUCUCAGUCAACAAAGACAGCCCAUCCAUGAUUGGGACCUGUGAGGUCAAAAAUGGCUUUCCCAAGCCAAACAUCACUUGGUACAGAAACAACACACCACUGCGCAGUGCUCAGGAUGUGGUCAAAAUAGUGCCCAGCAUCACUACUGAAUCCAGUGGUCUGUUCUCAGCUAAGAGUGAGCUGAGCAUGAAGGUGGUGAAGGAGGACAAAGAUGAUAGUUUCUACUGUGAGGUCACCUUCUUUGUUCCUGGAGGAACCAGGAUGACCGAGACCAACCGUAUUAACAUCACUGUAUACUACCCCUCCACAGCUGUAAGUAUUUGGGUGGAGUCACCAAAAGGCAAAAUCAAGGAAGGGGACUCGAUCGUGCUUCGCUGCCAUGGCAACGGGAAUACUCCAUCGCUUAUUUCAAUCAUGCACGAUGGUAAAUCUUCGGACACCAAUAUGUUGGUGCUGGAAAAUGCGACCCGUCUAGACAGUGGAGAUUACCUAUGUACCUCUACGGACACGGACACCUUUGAGGAGAUCUCAGCAAAUACCUCUGUGUUUGUCAACUAUCUCGAUCCUGCCAUGGUGAUGCCUAAUGACACUAUAGUGGUGGACCAAGGACAGGAGCUGAAUGCCACCUGCAAUGCCUCCUCUACUCUACAGACACACACAGUCUGGUUUAAGGAUGAAAAGGAGGUUUCAAAAAACCAAAGAUUGAUCCUGAACAACAAUACGUUUGACACAGCAGGGACGUAUGUGUGUGUGGUGACAGUUCCUGAAAUUGAGGGAAUGGAAACCAGAGGGAAACUUCAUGUUAAUGUCCAGGGCCCACCAGAGAUCAUGGAGCCGGAGAACGUGGAGAUGGAGAGUUUUCAGACGACAGUCAACGUGAGCUGCAAAGUCAGAGGUUUCCCUGCUCCCAGUGUUACCUGGACCACCUCUGAUGGAAAGGUCCUCAAGACAGCAUCCCAAACAGAGACUGAGGAGGGCAUUUGGAGUGUGGUCCGUGUCACGGUCACCUCUGACAUAACUGUUUUCUGCAAUGCCUCCAACGACCACGGAACUGACGCGGUGACCUUCAGCAUCAAAGCCACUACAAACACCACAACACCAGCCACCACUACUAGCACUACCAUUUUCUCUGCCACAGUCAAAGCAGAAACAGCUAUCCCACCAAAGAAAAUCAAGAAAGAGGGCAGUGGUGUUAUCAUUGCAGUCCUCAUUAUCUGCAUCCUGCUGCUGGCCAUCUUGGGGAGUGUGCUCUACUUCCUCUACAAAAAGGGCAAGAUCUGUGGCCGAUCCGGCAAGCAAGACCUCACCAAAGAGAAGUCCAACAAAGAUAACAUCGUGGUGGAGAUGAAGAGCGACAACACAGAGGAAGCCGUGCUCCUUGGGGUCAACGGAGAAAAGCAAUCUUCCAACGACCAGUAAAGGGCGGCGAGUACCUGGACUUGCAGAAGUGAGGUGGUGACACGCACCAAACAGCUGCUCCUGUUCUUCCCCUCUCAGGCUCAGACCGGCCGAUGCCUUCAAGCUUCCACCAUAGCUCCUUUUCCCGGAGUUACGUCAUGGAAAAGCUCAGUCGUCUGUCAGUUAAUAUCAUGAUGGAUGACCGAGACUCAAAUAAUUCCAAGCCGCAGCUUUUGCUUGCCGUCCUUUACAUCCCAGCACAUUUCUGUUGGAAUGCAGCUUGAGCUUUAAUGGGAAGUGAUUUGAGUGCUCCAUGACGUAAAUCUGCUAAUAUAUAUUCCACCUUCAAACCCAGGACUGUGCUUAGCCUAUAGUUCUCAUUACCAUGAGCCUCGUGUACUGCUGAUUGUCCAUAGAACAAUAAUUAGAGCACAACAUUGACGAGGGACUAAGUAUCACCUCAGGCAAAGCAAUCACUGAAGAGCAGCCUGAAACUGCUCUUUAUCAAGUGUACAUAUUAUAAUCUAUGUAUAUAUUUCUUUAUUUAAAAUAACACCAUAGAAAGAAAAAAAAGACCAGAUAGUGUUUUAUUUUGUUUGGUUGCUCUUUACAGAGAGCAAGAGGAGUUUAGGUAGAGGUCUUGUUUGUAUUUUUGAAUUUUUUUUUAGCCUGUGUUUCCUGUUUUGCUAAAGUCUGUACACUGAAAUCUUUGGGGAAGCAGCGACGCUUCUCCCUACAGCCAGUUACAGUCUCACCAAAAAUGUUGCCUUUUAGCUCUGAAAACAAAACUUGUAGGUCAUUUAAUCACACAUGUAUGUAGUUUUCUUCUCUACAGCUAACACUCAUCUUUACACUCCCUACUUUAUGUGCAUUAAAAGAUGAUAUUUUUGCAAGAGGGGUGAAUCAUCUGUUCAGCAUUUGACAUAGAAGGGUUGACAUUAUUUGCAGUUCGCUUUACUUUGUUUCUUUCCUUCACAGUAUAGUUUUUAUAUUUUUAUGUGUUUGAGUCUAAGCAUUGCCAACAGUCAAAUUAAAAAGUUAUAGAUGCCUUAAAAAUUCAAUCAAAGCCUAUUGAAAUAUUUUGUAUUGUUAGUUAUGUUUGUAUUUAAUGUCCAGUGCACUGAUUUAUUUGUGGUUUUUCUUCAUGCAGUUUCUCUAAUGUGAAACAGUUGUUGUGUUUAAUGUGAAUGAAAAGUAGUUCUGUAGCUAUUUUUAUUUCUUUUUCUAAGAGGAAGGAUAAGGGUAGAACAGAUUACUGGUCCAUGGUUCACGGCAUGAAGUUGCCCUCCUUAUAAAAGGAAUAGACACAUUUCUGUUUAAUGAAUAAAUUAAUUCAUGUGUUGACUGAAACUUGAAAUAAUCUAUAGACACAGAAUCCCCCUCAGACGUGAUGACUAGUGACAUGGCAACUACAGUGUAUGACUACUGACGAGGGGGGAAUGACUAUGAUUCCACACAUGCAAAAUUUGUAGACAAUCAACAAUCAAGACGCUCUGUGCAGGUAUCAUCCAUACUUACCCUUCCCACCCUCUGUUUGUCUGUUUUUUUCUGCUGUUUAUAAGAACUACCACUGUUAAAUGGUUUUGGAUGUUUGAAAUCUGUAAAAUGCCUUGGAGUUGUAAAAUGUAAACUUCAAGCCAAUUUACCAACAAAUUAAUUGUUUGUAGUUUCUGGAAAUUAUACCAAAUAAAGAUUGACUGUUAAAUGAAAA